AUGCGGGGCCCGCUGGGCACCGAGGAGGAGCUGCCGCGGCUGUUCGCGGACGAGAUGGAGAACGAGGACGAGAUGUCAGAAGAAGAAGAUGGUGGCCUCGAAGCCUUCGAUGAUUUUUUCCCUGAGGAGCCCGUGAGCCUUCCCAAGAAGAAGAAAUCCAAGAAGCUCAAGGAGAACAGGUCUAAAGGGAAGCGGAAGAAGAAAGAGGGGAGCAAUGAUGAACUAUCGGAAAAUGAAGAGGAUCUGGAAGAGAAGUCAGAGAGCGAGGGCAGUGACUACUCCCCUAAUAAAAAGAAGAAGAAAAAACUCAAGGACAAGAAGGAGAAAAAAGCCAAGAGAAAAAAGAAGGAUGAUGAUGAGGAUGAUAAUGACGACGGAUGCCUGAAGGAGCCUAAGUCCUCUGGACAGCUCAUGGCUGAGUGGGGCCUGGAUGACGUGGACUACCUGUUUUCAGAGGCUGACUACCACACGCUGACCAACUACAAGGCCUUCAGCCAGUUUCUCAGGCCGCUCAUCGCCAAGAAGAACCCGAAGAUCCCCAUGUCCAAAAUGAUGACCGUCCUGGGUGCCAAGUGGCGGGAGUUCAGCGCCAAUAACCCCUUCAAGGGAAGCUCGGCGGCAGCAGCUGCAGCGGCAGUGGCUGCAGCUGUGGAGACUGUCACCAUCGCCCCUCCGCUGGCCAUCAGCCCCCAGCAGCCACCCCAACCUGUGCCCAUCCGCAAGGCCAAGACCAAGGAGGGCAAGGGGCCAGGAGUGAGGAAGAAGAUCAAAGGCUCCAAGGACGCAAAGAAGAAGGGCAAAGGGAAGAAGGUGCCUGGGCUCAAGUUCCGCUUCGGAGGGGUCGGCCCCAAGAGGAAGAGAGGCUCCUCGAGCGAGGAGGAUGAGCGGGAGGAAUCGGACUUCGACAGCGCCAGCAUCCACAGCUCCUCCGUGCGCUCGGAGUGCUCUGCAGCCCUGGGGAAGAAGAGCAAGAGGAGGCGCAAGAAAAAGAGGAUUGAUGAUGGUGAUGGCUAUGAGACAGACCACCAGGACUACUGUGAGGUGUGCCAGCAGGGCGGCGAGAUCAUCCUGUGCGACACCUGCCCACGGGCCUACCACCUCGUCUGCCUCGACCCAGAGCUGGAGAAGGCUCCCGAGGGCAAGUGGAGCUGUCCCCACUGUGAGAAGGAGGGGAUCCAGUGGGAGCCGAAGGACGAGGAGGAGGAGGAGGAAGAGGGCGGCUGCGAGGAGGAGGAAGACGACCACAUGGAGUUCUGCCGCGUGUGCAAGGAUGGCGGCGAGCUGCUCUGCUGCGACGCCUGCCCCUCCUCCUACCACCUGCACUGCCUCAACCCGCCGCUGCCCGAGAUCCCAAACGGUGAAUGGCUGUGCCCGCGCUGUACUUGUCCCCCACUGAAGGGCAAAGUCCAGCGGAUCCUACACUGGAGGUGGACGGAGCCCCCAGCCCCCUUCAUGGUGGGGCUACCAGGGCCCGAUGUGGAACCUGGCAUCCCACCCCCCAAGCCCCUGGAGGGCAUCCCAGAGAGAGAGUUCUUUGUCAAGUGGGCUGGGCUCUCCUACUGGCACUGCUCCUGGGUGAAGGAGCUACAGCUGGAGCUGUACCACACGGUGAUGUACCGCAACUACCAAAGAAAGAACGACAUGGACGAGCCGCCGCCCUUUGACUAUGGCUCUGGCGAUGAGGACGGCAAGAGUGAGAAGAGGAAGAACAAGGACCCCCUCUAUGCCAAGAUGGAGGAGCGCUUCUACCGCUACAGCAUCAAGCCGGAGUGGAUGAUGAUCCACCGCAUCCUGAACCACAGCUUCGACAAAAAGGGGGAUGUGCACUACCUGAUCAAGUGGAAAGACCUGCCCUACGACCAGUGCACCUGGGAGAUCGACGACAUCGACAUCCCCUACUACGACAACCUGAAGCAGGCCUACUGGGGCCACAGGGAGCUGAUGCUGGGAGAGGACGCCAGACUGCCCAAGAGGCUGGUCAAGAAGGGCAAGAAGCUGAAGGACGACAAACAGGAGAAGCCACCGGACACGCCCAUUGUGGAUCCCACGGUCAAGUUUGAUAAGCAGCCGUGGUACAUCGACUCCACGGGCGGCACGCUGCACCCGUACCAGCUGGAGGGCCUCAACUGGCUGCGCUUCUCCUGGGCCCAGGGCACUGACACCAUCCUGGCUGAUGAGAUGGGUCUGGGCAAGACGGUGCAGACCAUCGUCUUCCUCUACUCCCUGUACAAGGAGGGGCACUCCAAGGGGCCCUACCUGGUCAGCGCGCCCCUGUCCACCAUCAUCAACUGGGAACGUGAGUUUGAGAUGUGGGCGCCUGACUUCUAUGUGGUCACCUACACGGGGGACAAGGAGAGCCGUUCCGUUAUCCGGGAGAAUGAGUUCUCCUUUGAGGACAACGCCAUUCGGAGCGGGAAGAAGGUGUUCCGCAUGAAGAAAGAAGUGCAGAUCAAAUUCCAUGUCCUGCUCACCUCCUACGAGCUCAUCACCAUCGACCAGGCCAUCCUGGGCUCCAUCGAGUGGGCCUGCCUCGUGGUGGACGAGGCCCACCGGCUCAAGAACAACCAGUCCAAGUUCUUCAGGGUCUUGAACAGCUACAAGAUCGAUUACAAGCUGCUGCUGACGGGGACCCCCCUUCAGAACAACCUGGAGGAGCUGUUCCAUCUCCUCAACUUCCUGACUCCAGAGAGGUUCAACAACCUAGAGGGCUUCCUGGAGGAGUUUGCCGACAUCUCCAAAGAAGACCAGAUCAAGAAGCUGCAUGAUCUGCUGGGGCCGCACAUGCUGAGGCGGCUCAAGGCUGACGUCUUCAAGAACAUGCCGGCCAAGACCGAGCUGAUCGUCCGCGUGGAGCUGAGCCAGAUGCAGAAGAAGUACUACAAGUUCAUCCUCACACGGAACUUCGAGGCGCUCAACUCCAAGGGGGGCGGGAACCAGGUGUCGCUGCUCAACAUCAUGAUGGACCUGAAGAAGUGCUGCAACCACCCCUACCUCUUCCCCGUGGCUGCCGUGGAGGCCCCUGUCUUGCCCAAUGGCUCCUAUGAUGGUAGCUCCCUGGUCAAGUCUUCAGGGAAGCUCAUGCUGCUGCAGAAGAUGCUCAAGAAACUGCGGGACGAAGGGCAUCGUGUGCUCAUCUUCUCCCAGAUGACCAAGAUGCUUGACCUCCUAGAGGAUUUCCUGGAGUAUGAGGGCUACAAGUAUGAGCGGAUUGAUGGCGGCAUCACCGGGGGCCUCCGGCAAGAGGCGAUCGACAGAUUCAAUGCCCCUGGGGCCCAGCAGUUCUGCUUCCUCCUCUCGACCCGGGCCGGUGGCCUGGGCAUCAAUCUGGCCACAGCAGACACCGUCAUCAUCUACGACUCGGACUGGAAUCCACACAAUGACAUCCAGGCCUUCAGCCGCGCCCACCGCAUUGGGCAGAACAAGAAGGUGAUGAUCUACCGCUUUGUGACGCGGGCGUCGGUGGAGGAGCGCAUCACGCAGGUGGCCAAGCGCAAGAUGAUGCUCACCCACCUGGUGGUGCGGCCCGGCCUCGGCUCCAAGUCGGGCUCCAUGACCAAGCAGGAGUUGGACGACAUCCUCAAGUUUGGCACAGAGGAGCUCUUCAAGGACGAUGUGGAGGGCAUGAUGUCUCAGGGUCAGAGGCCUGUCACACCCAUCCCUGAUGUCCAGCCCUCCAAAGGGGGAGCCCUGGCUGCCAGCGCGAAGAAAAAGCAUGGCAGCACCCCACCAGGUGACAACAAGGACGUGGAGGACAGCAGUGUGAUCCACUAUGAUGAUGCAGCCAUCUCCAAGCUGCUGGACCGGAACCAGGAUGCCACAGAUGACACGGAGCUGCAGAACAUGAACGAGUACCUGAGCUCCUUCAAGGUGGCGCAGUACGUGGUGCGCGAGGAGGACGGCGUGGAGGAGGUCGAGCGAGAGAUCAUCAAGCAGGAGGAGAAUGUGGACCCUGACUACUGGGAGAAGCUGCUCCGGCACCACUAUGAGCAGCAGCAGGAGGACCUGGCCCGCAACCUGGGCAAGGGCAAGCGCAUCCGCAAGCAGGUCAACUACAAUGACGCCUCCCAGGAGGACCAGGAGUGGCAGGAUGAGCUCUCGGACAACCAGUCUGAAUAUUCCAUCGGCUCCGAGGAUGAGGAUGAGGACUUUGAGGAAAGGCCGGAAGGACAGAGUGGACGGCGACAAUCCAGGAGGCAGUUGAAGAGCGACAGGGACAAGCCCCUGCCACCUCUCCUCGCCCGUGUCGGCGGCAACAUCGAGGUGCUGGGCUUCAACGCCCGACAGCGGAAGGCCUUUCUCAAUGCCAUCAUGCGCUGGGGCAUGCCCCCCCAGGACGCCUUCAACUCCCACUGGCUGGUUCGCGACCUUCGAGGGAAGAGCGAGAAGGAAUUUAGAGCCUAUGUGUCCCUCUUCAUGCGGCACCUGUGUGAGCCGGGGGCUGACGGCGCAGAGACCUUCGCGGACGGCGUGCCCCGCGAGGGCCUCUCGAGACAGCAUGUGCUCACCCGCAUCGGGGUCAUGUCACUAGUUAGGAAGAAGGUCCAGGAGUUCGAGCAUGUCAAUGGGAAGUACAGCACCCCAGACUUGAUCCCUGAGGGGCCCGAGGGCAAGAAGCCCGGCGAGGUCGUCUCCUCGGAUCCCACCACGCCAGUGCCCGCCAGCCCCGCCCACCUGCCACCUGCCUCGCUGGGCCUGCCAGACAAAAUGGAAGCCCAGCUGGGCUACAUGGAUGAGAAGGAGCCAGGGGUACAGAAGCCAAAGAAGCCUCCAGAAAUCCAGGCCCUCCCAACUGCCCUGGACAGAGUGGAGGGCGAGGACAAGCAGGAGAGCUCAGACGGGAAGGAGAGAGCCCAAGAGGAGCGACUGGAGGAGACAGAGAAGGCCCAGCUCUCCCCGGAGCAGCUGCCAAAAGAAGAAGUACUUCCUGAGAAGGAGAAAAUUCUGGACAAGCUGGAACUAAGCUUGAUUCACAGCAGAGGGGAUGGCAGCGAUUUCAGGCCAGAUGACUCCAAAGCGGAAGAGAAGGAGCCCAUUGAAACACAGCAAAAUGGUGACAAAGAGGAAGAUGAGGAGGGGAAGAAGGAGGACAAGAAUGGGAAGUUCAAGUUCAUGUUCAACAUUGCAGAUGGGGGCUUCACAGAGCUGCACACACUGUGGCAGAAUGAGGAACGUGCCGCUGUGUCCUCGGGGAAAAUCUAUGACAUCUGGCACCGGCGCCAUGACUACUGGCUGCUCGCGGGCAUCGUGACGCACGGCUACGCCCGCUGGCAGGACAUCCAGAACGACCCCAGAUACAUGAUCCUCAACGAGCCCUUCAAGUCUGAGAUCCACAAGGGCAACUACCUGGAGAUGAAGAACAAGUUCCUGGCCCGCAGGUUCAAGCUGCUGGAGCAGGCGCUGGUCAUCGAGGAGCAACUCCGGAGGGCUGCGUACCUCAACAUGACCCAGGACCCCAACCACCCAGCCAUGGCCCUCAACGCCCGCCUGGCCGAGGUGGAGUGCCUUGCUGAGAGCCACCAGCACCUGUCUAAGGAGUCCCUUGCCGGGAACAAGCCUGCCAACGCCGUCCUGCACAAGGUCCUGAACCAGCUGGAGGAGCUGCUGAGCGACAUGAAGGCUGAUGUGACUCGCCUGCCCUCCAUGCUGUCCCGCAUCCCCCCGGUGGCUGCCCGCCUCCAGAUGUCGGAGCGCAGCAUCCUGAGCCGCCUGACCAACCGAGCUGGUGACCCCACCAUCCAGCAGGGCGCUUUCGGCUCCUCCCAGAUGUACAACAACAACUUUGGGCCCAACUUCCGGGGCCCUGGACCGGGAGGGAUUGUCAACUACAACCAGAUGCCCCUGGGGCCCUAUGUGACCGACAUCUAG